UUUGAGGUAGACGGAGAAUGAAAGCGAAAGCAGGAGGAGAACUGAUAAAAAGACUUUUCUCCAAAGAAUGCAGUGUCACUGUGUCCAGAGCAACUACACAAAGCUAUGGGGGGAGCACUUUUGAGUACGCCAUGGAGGAAUCUGCCGCGGAACAAAGAGGAAGAUCUCGAUUUUGUGAAACUGUACAAACCUGGGAACAAAAACCUCAAACAUCUCAGAAUUCUUCUCUAUGGACCAAUUGGUGCCGGCAAGUCCAGUUUUAUCAACUCUAUUGACACCAUUUUACAAAGCAGAAUUACCGGUCGAGCUCCAACAGAUGCAAUCUCUGGGAGAAGCUACACCACAAAGUACAAAACUUACAAGAUCAAAAAAGGUCCAGAGAGUGUUUAUCCUUUCGUUUUCAAUGACAUCAUGGGCUUUGAGCAAAACACUGACACUGGAGUUCUUGUGGAGGACGUCAAACUGGCCCUGCAAGGACAUGUGGAAGAAGGCUACCAGUUUAAACCCAAAGAUCAACUGGAGGAAGGUGAUGAAGGCUACAGGUCAUCUCCCACUCUGGAUGACAGAGUUCAUGUUCUAGUUUGUGUCAUUCCUGCUGACAAAGUAUCUUUGAUAGAUGAUAAAGUGGUGAAGAAGAUGAGAGAAGUCCGACUGGCAGCCAAUGAACUGAAUAUUCCCCAACUGGCUAUUCUCACCAAAGUUGAUUCAGACUGUCCUGAGGCAAAAAAAAAUCUAAACAAUGUCUAUAGGAGCAAGUACCUGAAAAAUCAGGUCGACAAAUUCUACACGUUGAUGGGGAUUCCACAAAACUGCAUCUUUCUUGUGAAGAACUAUGAGCCAGAGCCCAACAUCAAUGAUGACAUGAAUGCACUGAUAAUGAAUGCACUGAGACAGAUGAUUACCUUUGGAGAAGACUUCCUCAGCGACCCGUAGACCAAUAUUCUGCUGACACAAACCUUGAUCAAAGCAUGAAAACAAAGAAAGUUUGAUGAAUUAUGCAAUCUUUGUUUAUGUUGCACUAUACACCAAUCAGCCAAAAUAUUAAAAACACUGACAGGUGAAGUGAACAACACUGAUCCUCUUGUUAAAAUGGAAUGUUUGCUGGGAAAUCUUGGGUUCUGACAUUUCUGUGGUUGCCACCUGACACACCCCACCCACUUAAACACCAGUGCAGACCAGGUACCCCCCAUUAUGGCAAUGGCACUCCUCAGUAGCAGUGGCCCCCAAGCAGGACAAUACGCCAUGCCACAAAACACCACAAAAGCGGCUCUGGAAUUGUCUGAGGAACGAGACAAAGAGCUCAAGGCAUCGACCUUGCCUGAAAGUAAUGCCCUGAUGCCAGGCACUAAAGGACACCCUCCAGAGGUCCUGUGUCCAUGCCUUGACAGGCCAGAGCCAAAUCCAGUCCAAGAAGCACCCACCAUGGGCCGGGGUACCCCUGGGGCACCAGGACAUCCCUUAAAUGUUUGAUCAGAUUGGGAUCUGGGGUAUUUGGAGGUCAGGUCAAUGCCUUGAGCUCUUUUUCCUGUUCCUCGGGUCAUGCCUGAGCAGUUUUUGUGAUGGUGCAUUGCCAUGAGGGGGUUUACUUGGUCUGCAUUGGUGUUCAGGUGGGUGGAGAACGUUAAGUAGGAUCCACAUGAAUGCCAGGACCCAAAUUUCCCAGCAGAACAUUGCACCGUAACAAGAUGAUCAACGUUAUUCACUUCACCCACCAGUGGCUUUAAUGUUUUGGCUGAUCGGCGUAUAAAUAACAAUAUGGAGGGUAUCUUAAAUCAUUUUUAGCUUCUAGCCUCUCCUGCACAAUGUUACGUUUUUAUACACAUGUAUGUGCAAAUAAGCAACACUAAACCUCAGGGAUUCAGUAAACACAUGCACAACAGCCAGUCUGCAAAGAUGGAUAAUCAUAAAGCAGCUCUUCUCACUACAAUGUAAGAAGAGACAAAAAAGUAUUAUAUUUCAAUGAACAAGUUGAAGGAACUGAUGGGAGGGCAUGAUUUGAUGUGAUGACUGACUGACUGAUCGAUUGAUAUCAUCAUGUGAGGCUUCACUGCAUGACUUUUAGUUGAAUUUAGUAGAUGAAAUUCCUGUAUAAAGUAUAUGUAACGUGUUCAAAACCUGGCUUUGCAAAACUUAUGCUUGUUUGUACUGUGUAAGAUUAAAUGAAAGACACUGAAAUAAAUAAACAUAUGAAUAAAUACACAA